AUGCAGGCCUUUUUAAUCCAAGAAUUUAGAUCUAAACUUGUACUUUUGAAUAACUUAAUGGUGUAAAGUAUUUUGGUUAACAAAAAAAUUAAAAAGAACAGUUAUGCAUUUAUUGAGUAUGAUACCAAGUACAAAAAAUUUAAAUAAGGAAGAUUUAAAGGUUUCAAGUAAUUAAUAAAAAUACUUAAUUAAUCUUAGAUUUAACAAUAUCAAAAAACAUUAUUAUUUUCUAAUAUUUAUAAGGGUGUAAAUUGUUAAGUAACUGAAGGUGGAAAAGUUGUUGAGUGUACUGGUAGUAGUAUUUACUAUUGUCUUUGUAAAAAAGCAAUUCCAAAGACUGAGAAAAUAUUGUUUGCAUUCUAAAUUCUCAGUUUAACAUCUAAUAUCUUUAUUGGUAUUGGAUUUAGAGAUAUUAUAUCAAAAAAUAAUUAUUCACCUGUAGGAGUUGGGUAUGGGUAUUAAAUUAUAAUAGAUCAUAUAUGAUUCGUUAAGAUGGUUGUACAUACUCACAUCAUAAUAAAGAUGUAAAUGGUAAAUAAUUAUCAUUUACAUUUACAACAAAUGAUAUAAUCAUAAUGGAAGUAAGUAUUGAACAUAAUUAUGUUGAAUGUACCAGAUAGAAUAAUCUAAGAACAACAACUGUAACUAUCAAAUCCAAAGAAUUUCUGAUUACAAAAAUUCUUACUAAUUUAUAUUUCAUUAACAUUAAUUUAAGGAUUUCUUUUAGAUUUUUCGAGCCUUAUUAAUUUUUUUAAUUUCAUUUUCACUUUUUCAUAUAUUUCAUAUAUCUAGUUGUUUAUCCAAAUCAAAAAUUCUAGAAAAUUAUUUAUUACUAAUAGGAACAAUAAAUAUAAAAGUACAAUCUCUUUUAGCUAUAUUUCAAUUUAUUCAAGACUUCACAUUAACAUUAAGCAUAUUUAGAGAUAUCUACUUAAAAUCCUUUAAAUAUUUAAAUAGAUGUUUUAUAUUAAUGCUUAAUUGAUUUUUUAAAUUCAAACCUUAGACUACUAGCAAGUAGAAGUAUUGGCAUAUUACUCAAAUUUGUAAAGUUUUUAUGUAACCUCUAUCAAAUUUAGUAUUUUUUGCUUUUAAAGGCCUUCUGUUUUUUUAAGCCAAAUGAAAAAGUAAGUUAAGUAGUUUUUAAUUAUAAAAUCUCUAAAUUCACAAAAAAAAAUUCUUCUUAAGAUAAGGAUAGCUAAAGAUAAUAAAUUUUAAAUGAAUAAGAAUUGAAAAUAUUUUGA